CGGUGCUCGCAAAAUGGCGGCGCCCAGGCGGCCUCGUGAGGAAGAGGAGGAGAAGGAGGAGGCUGAAGAUGUUUCGCUGGAGGCAAAGCGGCCCCGUGGGCAGCGGCGGCUCUUGGUGGUGCUGGAGGGGGCGAGUCUGGAGACUGUGAAGGUGGGGAAGACGUUCGAGCUCCUCAACUGCGAUAAGCACAAGGGGCUGCUGCUGCGGAACGGCCGGGACCCCGGGGAGGUGCGGCCCGACAUCACCCACCAGAGUCUCCUGAUGCUCAUGGACAGCCCACUGAAUCGGGCUGGUCUCCUGCAGGUUUAUAUCCAUACCCAGAAGAACGUUCUAAUUGAAGUCAAUCCCCAAACCAGAAUUCCAAGAACUUUUGAUCGGUUCUGUGGUCUUAUGGUUCAGUUGCUGCAUAAGCUCAGCGUUCGAGCAGCUGAUGGGCCUCAGAAAUUGUUGAAGGUGAUUAAAAAUCCAGUGAGUGACCACCUCCCCGUGGGCUGCCUGAAGAUAGGUACCUCUUUUUCAGUUCCAAAGGUGUCGGAUCUGCGUAAACUGGUUCCUGCAGCGGAGCCAGUUGCUAUUGUUGUGGGAGCUUUUGCCCAUGGCUCGGUCAAUGUUGACUAUACUGAAAAGAUGGUCUCCAUCAGCAACUAUCCCCUUUCUGCUGCCCUGACGUGUGCUAAAAUUACUACUGCCUUUGAGGAAGUUUGGGGAGUGGUAUGAGCUUCUGCUGCUACUGCUGUCACGGUGGACUCCUGUACAGUCACCCCACAUUCUGGAGAGGCUCUUUUACUGAGGUGUGGACCUAGAGGACUUUGGGCUCCUGGAAGGGAAAAGGCUUCCAUUUCAUCCUUGUAGCCUCCGGAGCAAUGAGACUUUACACGAACUGCCCAACUGACCUUUUUUUCCUCCUAUUAAAGGUCAUUUUUGGUAAGA